AUGUUGAUUUUGUUUGGUACCAUUAUAUGGAAGCGUUCUGCAACCGAUUUGUUUUUCUCACUUGAAAGCAGGAACAAAAUUGUUGAGCUUAGACCUGCCGGAAAGAUUGCUUCAGGCAUAACCGAGAUACCGUUUUCUAUGCAUAUCAGGCAACCAAAAGAAGAUAACCUCGAAAAGUUCUAUGAGACGUUCCAUGGAGGAAAUAUUAACAUUCAGUAUUUAGUGACUGUAGAUAUAUCGAGAGGAUACCUGUAUAAGUCGUUAUCUACAACAAUGGAGUUCAUAGUUGAAAGUGAUAAAGGUGGAUUUCGAAUCAUUGGAAAAAUGGCCACUCAAUGUUCUUUAUCGGAUCCUGUUAGUGGUGAACUAACAGUAGAAGCAUCUGCAGUUCCAAUUUCUUCCAUUGAUAUACACUUGCUUCGUGUAGAGUCAAUCCUUCUAGGGGAGAAAAUUGUGACUGAGAAGUCUGUGGUUCAGACUACACAGGUAUGUACCCUUUCUUAUCUUCUCAACAUAUAUAACUCAAUUUACUUGUCAUAA